GAGGGCGGUGCUAGGAAACCGCGGGGCCGCCGUCAAGCGGCGCCGCGACUGUCGCAAAGAGGUCGGGGGCAAUGUCGUGAGGCGCGGCCCGGCCCGGCCCGGCUCGGCUCCCUCACGCUUAUGCCCCCAGCCCUGGCGGCCGCCUGCUCCAUGUGGGGCCCGGGCCGGGCUCUCGGCUUCUCUUUUUCCCCUUCCUUCUACUAUGGCCCGGAAAACAGUUAGCAGGAAGCGGAAAGCGGCGGCGGCGACCGCCGCGGGGCCCGGCGGGCUCCAUGGGGAGCAGUACGGGUGGGAUCACUCGGUUCACAAAAGGAAAAGGCUCCCCCCGGUGAAGCGGUCCCUCGUGUACUACCUGAAAGGUAGAGAGGUGCGGAUGCAGAAUGAGUCCAGCUAUCACCGCCUGUUGCAUGGAUAUGCAGCCCAGCAGCUUCCCAGCCUCCUCAAGGAGAGAGAGUUUCACCUUGGAACCCUUAAUAAAGUGUUUGCCUCCCAGUGGCUGAACCACCGACAAGUGGUCUGCGGGACAAAAUGCAACACAUUAUUUGUGGUAGAUGUCCAGACUGGUCAAAUUACCAAGAUUCCUAUUCUGAAAGACCGCGAACCUGGCAUGGUGAACCAGCAGGGCUGUGGUAUUCACGCCAUUGAGCUCAACCCUUCAAGGACCCUUCUGGCCACAGGUGGAGACAACCCCAACAGUCUUGCAAUUUAUCGUCUGCCUACACUUGAUCCUGUCUGUGUGGGAGAUGAUGGACAUAAGGACUGGAUAUUUUCAAUUGCGUGGAUCAGUGAUACCAUGGCUGUUUCUGGUUCUCGGGAUGGUUCGAUGGGUCUCUGGGAAGUCACAGAGGAUGUGCUGUCUAAAAGCGAUGCCAGGCACAACCUGUCUCAAGUUCCUGUCUAUGCCCACAUAACACACAGGGCUCUGAAGGAUAUCCCCAAGGAGAACACCAAUCCUGACAAUUGCAAAGUCCGAGCACUGGCUUUCAACAAUAAAAACAAGGAGCUGGGAGCUGUGUCUCUAGAUGGGUAUUUUCAUCUUUGGAAAGCAGAGCACGCGCUAUCAAAGUUACUCUCCACAAAGUUGCCAUACUGCAGGGAGAAUGUGUGUUUGGCUUACGGUCAGGAGUGGUCAGUGUAUGCCGUAGGAUCACAGGCGCACGUCUCCUUUCUGGAUCCGAGGCAGCCGUCUCACAAUGUUAAAUCCGUCUGUUCCAAAGAACGAGGCAGUGGUAUUCGAUCAGUGAGCUUCUACGAACACAUCAUCACAGUGGGAACAGGGCAUGGCUCCUUACUCUUCUAUGAUAUCAGAGCCCAGAGGUUCCUGGAUGAAAAGCCCCCACGUGCCUGCUAUGGACAGAAGCAGAAAUUAGGAGGAAGUGAAAUUUUGAAGUUGACUACGGGGAAAGGUUGGCUGAAUCAUGAUGAAACCUGGAGGAAUUAUUUUUCUGAAAUUAAUUUCUUCCCAAAUGCUGUUUACACCCACUGCUACGACUCGUCUGGAACAAAACUCUUUGUGGCAGGAGGCCCCCUUCCAUCAGGACUUCAUGGGAAUUACGCUGGUCUCUGGAGCUAAUGAUAACUCUUUACAAAUGCUGAUCUUUACACAGAUUUCCAAUUUUCUUUUUUCUUUUCUUUUUUUUUUUAACAAUUAAAUUGUGUGAUGCCACUGAG